GUCAUAGAAGCCGUUGCGAUACUCGCGAGUCAUUAUCCUACAUAUUCUGUCUCACAGGCUGUUCUUGGACUCCUCGUACCUGGUUCAGCCUCGAUUGCGAGCGGGAUAGGCUUCUCUACGCUGUUCGUGAUCGGCUGCAGCACGGUAGCGUUGUGCAGCUAUAUCCGUUACCGCUGCUACCGCACACUCGACCGCUACUUCACAUACGAGGUCAACAUCACGAAGAACCAGCAGCUCAUCACCCACGGGCCAUAUGCCUAUGUCCGUCACCCCUCGUACUCCAGCGGCUUUGUCGUCCUCAUCGGCGCGGGUUUGUGUCAUGGCAGCGCCGGGUCCUGGCUCAGGGAGUGCCAGAUCGUCGAUUCGAUAUGGGGAAAGGCCGCUGUUGCUGCAUACGCAGCUGUAGCGAUGGUAUGGAUGAUGGUCCUUUUUUAUCGACCCCGAGAGGAAGAUCGACUACUGAGAGAGAGGUUCGGAGGUCAGUGGGAUGCGUGGGCGCGGAAAGUACCAUACAGGUUGGUCCCAUACCUGUACUGA